ACGGCCGUAGCAUGCUAGCUAGCAACCAGGCUGCGUGACCAAGCUAACGCCACAACUAAUUUAGAUAUACAGUAUGGGAACGGGCGUGCGCUUUAUUAACGCACAUUUUCACAGCCUUGACAAAUCAAGUCUACAACCGUCUACUCUGACAAGCCACUAACUGGAAGCAUAUGGUGGUAUUAAGAUGAUGGUGGCAUAGUGAGGAAGUUGGUCAGUCUGGCUGGUUGAGGUGUGGAGGGGACACCACAGGCCACGCCAGGAUCCUGACUAAUAUUGUUUCCACUGCCCUCCAUUAGUCUCCCCAUCUCCAUGUCUCUCCCUGGAUCAUAGCCACAAUUAUGGUGACACUUAUCACAGAGCAGCUCCGUAAGCAGAGUUUGGAAGAACCGUAUCACAAGGCUUUCUCGUUCAAUGUGAAUGUGUCAUUACCUGCAGUGGGCUCCAGCCCCACUGUUUCAUGGAGUGCUAGUAGAUCAACACAAGAGACCAGCUCAGCCACACAUCCGUCAUCCAGUGCCUGUUUGGAGGUUACCUGUGGGCAUAAUUCCCCUUGGCCUCCUUCCCUGUCUGGAGAACCCCUCCAGGGACCAGUGGUUUCCUUCACAGAUGAGGCUUUGCAGAGUUCACCUCCACCACCACCUCCAAAACGCCACUGCCGCUCGCUCUCUGUUCCGGAGGAUCUGUCUCGGUGCCGUUCAACCUGGCAUCCCAGUGCAUCAAAGGUGUGGACCCCGGUCAUCCGCGGCUGCCACAGUGGAGGAGCGUCUAGUUCAGGCUCUGGAGCUAGCUCUUUGCCACUUUGCGGUCCCAGUCCCUCAUUCACCUCUUCCUCCAUACACUCAUCUUCUAGCCCUACCUUCUUCAGCUUAGCACUGUCGUCUGACUCACCUUUAUCAUGGGGCUUCCCAUGGGAUCCCUAUGACACACUGAAAGGAGCUUGUUCUGCCUCCUUCGCUACCCCUUCCUCCUGCUCCUCUUCACCAGCUCCCCUGGUUUCCCAUUCAUUGUUGCAGCGUCGCUUCUCCCUCUCUCCUGUGCACAUUCACAAUGCUCCCGUGGCACACUUGCCCCCCCAGCCCUCCCAUGCUCCAGCUCUCACAUAUGGCUGUGCUGGCCUGGAGCACCCAGCUCUCUCUCAAUCUCCCACUUCAGCCUGCAGCACCCCAACAUCUUCUAGACGCGACCUGCACCCCGCACUGCCACGAUGCCACUCACAGCCCUGUGACAUGCGCAAACCACGCUUGAAGAGGCGCCACGAUCCAGACGUCCUGCCCUGCCCCAGGCCAGGCCUCGACUUCAGCAAGAUGACACAGAUUGGUAAUAUUGAGACACUAGUGUGUGGAACAAGAUCCAGUGUUCCUGCGUCAUGCCAGGCAGACCAGCGCUCGGCCUUCUCACCUGCUGACUUCCUGGGACGGUCCAGCAUCGGGCCGCUAAGUGAAAGUGAAGAAGAAGAAGAAGAGGAGGAGGAAAGAAACAGGACUGUAUUAGAUGGAGGACAAAAGAUUGUUUUUGAAAGAGACUGCACAGAAUUGGACUUGAACCUUAUAGAAGAAAACUGACCAAACCUUGGCGCUACCAGUGUGAUUACUGCAUUCAUAAUCAAGCACACCUCUAGGCUUCGGGCACUCAUCAGGCAGUGACCCUGCUGCCCUACUAAGGCAUAUGUUCAGAGAUCAUAAUUAAGAACUAAGCAAGUAGGCGCUAAUAUCAAAUUACAAUGCUAUGACUGAGCUAGUUCACUAUUCAACAUUUUGCAGAAAUGUCAGUGCCUGCCUGUUCAGCACUCCAUAGGGAAAUGUGCAUGAGCAAAUAAGCAAGUUUUCAUGCGCACAGAAUUUUGAAUAAUAUUUGAUAAUAAUACAAGUCUUAGCAUUGGUUUGCAUCUUGAUAGUCUUACAUAUCCUCAUUGAAGAACACUUAUAUACAGGACUAAGCAGAAUGUUCCUAAGUUUUCCUCGACUUAUUUACAGGACAGAAAUCCAGAAGGUAGAUGGGUGGCAUUCUUCAGUGUCAUUUCACAAACCGGAGUAGUUUCAUUUUCAUAAUUGGGUCUAAGUUUAGACUUGAAUAAAUGUGAGCUGUUAAGGGUGGACAAAAUGUUGCAGUGUGUGGGCCAGAAUAAUACAGGAUUAACACAAGCAUACAGUACAUAUUUAAAUGUUCUCCUGUAACUUUAACAGGAUACAUUCCAGGAUUCACUGCACUUCUUUAAACCCCCACAGACCCUGAAGACACAUAUGUUUACUGCUGUUCUGUCAUUCAUUUUCGCUUGUCCCUUUGGAACAAGUCUUCAUCGUAAACGAGAACAUGUUCUGGUAAUAACAGAAAGACGAUUGCCCCCUUUUGUUUAUGAAUUCAUUCAUUUUUUUUGGGGGGGAAGUUCCAUAAUUGACAUUAACAUACCUUGUCAACAGUACCACUGUUAACUGACCAUGCCUUAAGCUUAAACUACAGAGGUCUCGGUGCUCUGGUCUUCUUUUCACAGCCAGACAUUUUUGCAAUCUCCAUUUGCACUGAUUCAGAUAUUUUUGAACAUGUGGCACACACUAUUACAGUCAGUUGAAUAACUGAAUCAGUGCUGCAGCUGGACUCCGCAGGGCACAAUGUAAUGUACUGUACAGUGGUUAGAGUGAGUGCACACGUCCAGCCAAUUCUGUGAGAGGAUGUGACAACGGUGGUAGCGAUGCAGAUGAUCUGGUGGCCUUUAAGAAAUGAUUUUUUCAGAUGGAAAUAUACCUGUUGCACAAUUUAUGUACAAAUAAAAUUUAAUAGAGAUUUCUUUUUUCUUUUUCCAAAAAAGUGUCAUGUCUUGCUUUUAUAAUGAAUCCUGCUACUGUCUCAAGCAAAGGGCAGCUGGACUUGUUGGGUUUUCUUUAAGUUGUUUUGCCACUCAUCCAAGUAGCUGCUGCUGUUAUAAAUGUUUGGUGUGGAGUUUUGUUAGGAAUGAAAUAGGAUACUCACCUGUAAUUAGGGGGGAUUUGUUUUGAUCCUCUGAAACUCCUAACACAAGCUGAUCAGACUUUUUCAACUGAAGAAUCUACUUUGACGAGUGGUGAAAUAUAUUGACUUCGGCUGUUAUUGUGACACCUAGUGGCUGACCUCCAUAUAAUAUUGACGCUGCAUUAAUAUACAGAGUUAUGUCCAGUCUCACAUUUUAAACAUCGGAAAUAGACGCAUAUAUAUCUAAACGAUGGCUUCGGGGAAUAAACUAUACAUUUGGCACAAA